AUGGCCGGCUCGCCGUCGAAAGACAACUCAUCCCUUCCGAUCCUCAUAAUCGGCGCGGGCCUUUCAGGCCUGACCAUUGCGCGUCUCCUCACAAAUGCCGGAAUCCCCAACAUUAUAUUCGAAGCGUCCCCACCGUCCCGAAACCAGGGGUACGCCAUCUCCAUCCGCGACUGGGGCUACACAUCGCUCCUCUCUGCCCUCGGUGGGAUCCCGCUGUCAAGUUUGACGAAGGGUGUCGCGCCGGACCGCCACAUCGACGGGUCUGGAUGGAUCGAUCAGGCGCUGAAAGAUAACCAUACGGGCGCUUGUCUUGUGAAGCCGCCGCCAGAGGCAAAACAGAGCAUUGUAAGGGCGAAUCGCAAUGCGCUGCGCGGGUGGAUUGCGGACUGCGGGGAGGAGGAGAUUGAUAUCCGCUUUGGGCAUCGACUUUGUGGGAUUAAGCACGAGCUUGAAAGUAACAACCACGGAGAGGAUGGACAUGCGAAGGGAGGUAUCGGACAGGUAGUCAUUGCGGAAUUUGAGAACAGUGCUCGGUACAAGGGUAGUAUGAUCGUCGCCGCAGAUGGUGUCCACUCCGCCGUUCGAAGUCUGGUACUCCCUGAGGUGAUUCCCGAAGUCGUACCUGUCGUCGUGUUUCAUGGAGAACUGCGUCUUCCCCGCGAGGAAUUUGACAGAAUCGUCCGUCCUCAUUGUGGGGAGAGCAACAUCCUUGCGGGCGUCGGAGACGGAUUCAACACUCCGCUGACAAUAUGCAACAUCACAAACACGGAAGUACAUAUGGACUGGUCAUAUUCAAGACCCAACACUGGCGCAGACGAUCCGUUGUACAAGCCUGAUAUAUCAGCCGAAGAGGCCAAGAUUAUCCCACCCGCUCUGUUAGAGGAGAUCGCAACACGGGACCUGGCGAAGCCGUGGUCGGUGUUCUUGAACAGGGAGGCGAUGAAGAGUCAUCGGGUGUUCAACUGGGUUAGCCGAUGUGUGUUUGUGACGAGAGAUGAUGUGGACUGGUGUGCGAAGAAGGGAGUGGUUUUUCUUGGUGACUCGUGGCACGCGAUGCCGAUUUUCGGCGGGGAGGGGGGCAAUCAUGCGAUUGUUGACGGAGUGGAGUUGGCAAAGGCCUUGGAAAAUGCAAAAAGAGAAAACGGGGAGUUGGGAAAGGCCAUCAAGAUAUAUUAUGAUGGAGCGUGGAGAAGGUGUCAGGACGCGGUGAAGCGGUCGAGGCAAAGAUUCUAUACACUGCAUCGCCCGAUGAGUGAGUGGAGGGAGAUUGCGGAGAAGCGGAGCCUGGUUCAAAAAUGA